AAAAUUUUAUAAAAACACAUUGGAAAAGUAUAUUUGUUAUUCUCAGUUCCAUUCACAACUAUCAACAUUGCAGAUAUUGUUCCAUUGCGACCGGUUCUGAUCUUCAUUAAUAGCGAUUAUUGUUAAAGCUUUUUUUCACAAUAUUCCUAGAUAUAAAACCCAAAAUGAUAGAUACUUAGUGGAGUGCUCAAUAAGUUCGCCUUGGUAAAAUUUAUAUAAUAUAAUAUCCAGCAUAUAAUUUGACAUUUGACCAGCCAUUAAAACCAACCCAUAAACAAAGAAAAGAUAUAAUCAUAAACAUCGACUUUAUACUUAUAAACACUAGUAUUGACCCAUCGCUAUUCGAAUUGCUUAUAUUCGAGCAAGGCGAAUGCUUCGAUUCAUAGUGUUAUUUCGAAAAGAGUCGCACCGAUAUAACAACAUGGAUAUAUUGGAUUCUGAACGUGAGAAAGAUGGUAUGGAAUUGAUAAUAGAGCCUGGAUAUACAUGGGACGAAUUGCGUGAAAACAUUGCAAAUAGUUGUCUUAAAAAGAAGUGUGGCUUUCUUUUGCAAGAUGAGCUUAAAAUCGAAGACCGGUAUAAAAAAAUACUGGAUUUACUGAACGCCGAACUGAAUUUGGACGAGAUUACGUCUCUUUUCGUAAUAGCGGGAACAAUAUACUUCAUUGAAGCUAGGCCAGAGAACAUGGAGUGGCGAACCCUUCUCUUACAGAAAACAUUCAACUAUACAGACACACUGAGCCCGAUGCAUCUCCAUUUAGCUACUAAACGGCUUUGGACAAACUUAAAAAAAAAAGAUACUGAUGUGUUCAAUAUACUUGAACUGUGUAACCAAAUGGUUAUCAUAAGUGAAACAGCACGAGCUAUAUCUAUAUGUCUUAUGUGGACUAUAUUAUCUGAAAUAACAGAAACCCCUAGUGAAAUGUACUGCUUUCGACAGUUCUCCAAAUUGCUAGAAAUGCUAAAUAAUAUCGAUAGUGAAACAUUGCAAGAGGAAGAAAAUACGAAAAUUGUAUAUAUAUUAGUACGUGUAUUAAGUUAUCUCAUCAAUGUUACACUUUGUGACGCCCAAAAUGAGGAUAUAAUUAAGGCCGGUUAUCGAAUGUACUUCAAAUACACUUCACCAUUUUUAAAGAAGCUGCACGAAUGGUGCGAGAACUUUAAAAAGACUAUAGACUCAUGCCCAAAGCCAAAGCAAAAUCAAACAGAUUGGGAUCUCCGUAUGAUGAUUACAGAACACAUCAGUUUUAACAUCAUUAAUGUUCUACAAGACCGAAUAGAGCAUAUGAGUGCACCAGAUUAUUCCUAGUACAAAUCCUAAGUAUGAAAUAAAGUAAGAAAAUCUACAAAAAUUACAAA